UUUUUGCCGCUUCCCUUGCAGUUGACAAGUAAUAAUGAAGCUUUGUCAGUCCAUCAUGGACAUGGAUAUGCCAGAUUACGUCGACUCCUUGGACUCCUCAUAUACCAUGCUAGAAUUUGAAAACCUUCGGGUGCUUCCGAACAACGCUGAGACGUCUAAUGGGCCCUGUUCUCUGCCCGCAGAGACCAUCGCAGCCGAAUCAGCAAACACCAACGUGCUCGCCAAUGGCAUCGGCUCCCUCUGCUCCAUCUGCGGGGACCGGGCGACCGGCAAACACUACGGGGCGUCCAGCUGCGAUGGCUGCAAAGGCUUCUUCAGGAGGAGCGUCCGCAAGAACCACGUCUAUUCCUGCAGGUUCAGCCGACAGUGUGUGAUAGACAAAGACAAGAGGAACCAGUGCAGGUACUGCAGGCUGAAGAAGUGCUUCAGAGCUGGCAUGAAGAAGGAAGCCGUGCAGAACGAGCGGGACAGGAUCAGCAUCCGCCGGAGCAGCUACGAGGACAACGGCUCGCUGUCCAUCAACGUGCUCACCCAGGCCGAGGCCAUGGCGCAGCAGUACGCGUCGCUGAGCCCGGUGCACAGCGCGGACAUUGCCAUGAAGAAGGUUGCGACAAUCAACGACGUGUGCGAGUCCAUGAAACAGCAGCUCCUGGUGCUGGUCGAAUGGGCAAAAUACAUCCCGGCGUUUUGUGAGCUGCCGCUGGACGACCAGGUCGCCUUGCUCAGAGCCCACGCAGGGGAACACCUGCUCCUGGGGGUAGCCAAGCGAUCCAUACCGUACACUGAUUUUCUAUUACUAGGGAAUGACUUCAUCAUCCCCAUGCACUGCCCGGAGCUGGAAAUCGCUCGCGUGGCCACCAGGAUCUUGGAUGAGCUGGUGAAGCCCUUGCGGGACAUCCAGAUUGAUGACAACGAGUAUGCUUGCCUUAAAGCCAUCAUCUUCUUCGAUCCAGACUGCAAAGGCCUGAGUGAGCCCGGGAAGGUGAAGAACAUGCGAUUCCAGGUCCAAGUCAACCUGGAGGACUACAUCAAUGACCGCCAGUAUGACUCCCGAGGCCGGUUCAGCGACAUCCUCCUCCUGCUGCCGCCGCUGCAGAGCAUCACCUGGCAGAUGAUAGAGCAGGUCCAGUUUGUGAAGCUCUUUGGCGUGGCGAGGAUCGACAGCUUGCUGCAGGAGAUGCUGCUGGGAGGAUCCACCAUCGACCUCCAGUACCAGUCCGGACCUCCCAACCUCAACCUGGAACCGCUGCCAGGACACGUUCUCCCAAGCAGCAUGAGCUCUGUGAUUCACACUGUCCCAGACCCAUCUCCUGAACCAUCCCUUCCAUCUCCUUCUACAAGCACAGGCAGCGAAGACUAUAAACUAGGCCCUAGCGCAGUCCCCAGCGCUGUAGCGCAGCUCUUGCCUCAGACAGUUAUACCCAAGCAGGAGAUUUUAUAGGGAGAGUGGAAGGAGAAGCUGGGAGCAAUGUGGAAACCGUGCUGAAAGUGAAUCGGGCCCUUUCUUUUUGCAGAGGCAAAGCACGGCAACCCCCUGCCUGUCACCGGACCUGUCGGUCACACUCUUUCCUGACCGUGAGUAAAGCACCAGACACCAGACUGCAGCAGGAGCCUCGCCAUGGGUCAUCCCGCCACUGCCACCCUCAUUUGUCACGCCCAGUUCACAAGGGAUUGGGGUUAAUGCUCUUUUCAGUAGGACCAAGACUGUAAGCUCUUUGGAACAGGGCUUUUGACUGCAUGUAUUGUCACCUAGCUCAGUGUGAUCACCACCCUUUUGAAGCCUUUGGCUGCUAUCUUAUAAAAACAAAUGCCUUACACAGCUCCUGUUAAUUGUUAAUGAAUACAGUCUGUCUUGAAUUGUCAGUAUGGAAAGGCCUAUCCCCAUUAAAAAAUUAAUUACACUCCCAUUUCUCUUGCUGCAAGUUAAGGUUUAGGAUGAAUAUCUUCAUAACCCUUACACGCUUUCUUACUCCACAGUGACGUGAGUAAUGCUUAUCCCACGUAGACCAGCCAACCUUUAGUGCUGGUCAUUAUUUUGUUGUAUUCCAUGAUUUCCAACAUAUAUGGAGUCCAUUUGUGAUUCAUUUGCUGCAUCCUACUUUCUUGUGUGUAUGUCCAACACCGCUCUGAGAUGGCAGCAAGACCUCUGCAUCGGUCCAUGGCUGCCUGGCCUGGUAAAACCCACAACUGGCAGCAAGCUCAAGAAGCCGUUGACUUACCAAAUCACUUCUUUGCCUUUCCUGAAAACUUUUACUGCAACCAUAUUUGGAAGAAGCAACAGUCCUAGCAAAAAUGCCAAAAAAGCUUUUCCAACUACAUAGGUGUGAUUUUGCUGCAGUUUUCUAAAUCUUUGUUAUGUCUGUAACCUAAACUUCAUAGCUCUGAAUUUGUCAGGUAAGGAGGAGGCAGGUCUUUUGUGCUCCACGUAUUUAAAAAUGUUUGUAUUUAAAACAUAAGGUCUUUCUGAAUUUAGUGUAAAUCUCAGUCAGCAGUGACCAGUUAUUAACUGUGCUACAGCUACUGAAAAUAAUCUCAAUAGAUGUGUAUACAACAUCUAAAGUUCCUAAGGCGCAGUCUCUGUGGUACAGCAUUUAUUCAUAUGAAUUGACCAUCAUUAGAAAGCCAACUGCUGGAUUUCUACAAAGCUUAUGUUCUUUUCUGCAAAAGUCCAACGACCUCCAUCGGGCAGCUCUCAAUGCAUUAAGGAUGGUCUCACACUGAAUCUAGGACAUGAUAGAGAAUUCUUUGUUCCGUCGCAUCGCACGGAUCUGCCACCCCACAAGCACCAUCCCUGCUCAUCACAAAGAUGAAACGAUGGUGACCAGCCACGGCUUAUUUUCACUGACGCUUGUGAAGCACUUUGAGGUCCUCGGAUGGAGGACACCAUGACAAUGCAAUCUGAUUGAGUGAAAGAGGAGUUGGGAAGAGCACCCGAACCUGCAUCAAAAGGGGGAACGCUUUGUACUCAGGUCAUUUCAGUGGUUGGGGAGAUAUU